AUGUCUGAGGAUGUCGAUAUUCGGCAGGAAAUUCUGCAGAGGACUCUUCAGGAGGUAGCGCAGGAGGAGGAUGCGAGUGCGGGCAACCCGUGUGUCAUCUGUCUCGAGGCUGUCACAGAACCAAGCAUCGCAGUGCCUUGCGGACAUGCCAACUUCGACUUUCUUUGUCUUGUCAGCUGGCUGGAACAGCGCCCCAGCUGCCCGCUUUGCAAAAGUGACGUUCUUUCAGUGAAAUACGACCUCGAAGGCGCAGAGGGACCCAGAGUCUAUAAACUCCCUCCUCCAGCUUCUAAAGCUGCUCCUCCUCCCACAAGACCCGAAAUACGUCGUGGACCUCGACCUCCGAGACGUGUUCAACGCCCGCGACCCCAAGAACAGCCCGAUGACCCGCUUCUGCGACGGCGACACGUCUAUCGCCACCAGUUGUACUCUCUACGAGUUGGCUCCAAUCGACUUUCACAAUACCGUGAGCUAGUCCCGGAGCAAUUCAACCGCGACGAGGAGCUGGUCUCACGCGCACGAAAAUGGAUCAGAAGGGAACUACGGGUUUUUACAUUCCUAAAUCCGGAAGCUGAUGAAGAUUCUCGCCAGGACCGGGUCGCUCGUCCGGGACAACAGAGGCUGGAAAACCGUCGGGCCAAUAAUGCGGAAUUUCUGCUGGAAUAUAUCAUUGCUAUCCUUCGCACUGUUGAUGUGAAAGGCAGUGCGGGGCAAGCAGAGGAGCUACUGCGGGAUUUCAUCGGAAGAGAUAAUGCUCGUCUGUUCUUGCAUGAGAUGCAGGCCUGGCUUCGAAGUCCUUAUAAUUCUUUAGAGGACUGGGAUCGCAAUGUUCAAUAUGAGGAUGUAUCCUCUAGAACUACCCCUACUGAUCACGCAGGCACAGGUGGUUCCGAUCGUAGAUCAACUCCAGUUUAUGGCACUGGUAGACACUCAUCCCGUGGUCGAGUUUCAAAGCCGUAUACCCCACGGAGACCAUAUCAAGGGAGACCUCGGGAUAGCGGAGCACAGGCUCGAAGAGUACAAAAUGCCCGAGACCGAUACAUUCCUGAUUAA